AUGGAGUUUCUAGGGCUAGCUGUGGUUCUUGUUGCCUUCUUGGCAGCACUUUGCCUCUUCUUGCUCUUGAUACUAACAUUUUCUUGGUGGGUUUUCCCUAACCAAACACUUAAGAAGCUUAAGAAAUGUGGGUUGGGAGGGCCAAUCCCAAGUUUCCCCCUUGGAAACAUUAAAGAGAUGAAAAGAAAGAAUAACAUUCAAUCCUCAGUUGCAUCCGCAAAUCUCACUCAUGAUAUACACUCUAACGUUUUCCCCUACUUUUCUAGCUGGCAGAAAUCACAUGGUAAGGUUUUCGUGUACUGGUUGGGCACGGAGCCAUUCCUGUACGUUGCAGAGCCAGAGUUCUUGAAGAAAAUGUCGACGGUGGUGUUGGCCAAGAGAUGGGGAAAACCAAGUGUGUUUAGAACUGACAGAGACCCCAUGUUUGGGAGUGGUUUGGUCAUGGUUGAGGGCAACGAUUGGGUUCGUCACAGGCACAUUGUUGCCCCCGCGUUCAAUCCCAUUAACUUGAAGGACAUGGCAAAGAUGAUGGUUGAUUCCACGAAUCAAAUGAUAGACCGAUGGUUUACCCGAAUAAAAUCUGGAAACUCUGAGAUUGACGUGGAAAGAGAGAUUAUAGCAACAGCUGGAGAAAUCAUAGCAAGAACAAGUUUUGGCAUGAAAGACGACAAUGCAAGAGAUGUUUUCGACAAAUUACGAGCCUUGCAAAUGACACUUUUUAAGACCAAUCGAUAUGUGGGUGUUCCCUUUGGCAAGUAUUUCAACGUAAACAAAACGUUAGAGGCCAAGAAACUUGGGAAAGAAAUCGAUGAGCUUUUGUUGUCCAUCAUAGAAUCUCGGAAGAAGUCACCGACGAAAAAUUCUCAACAAGAUUUGUUAGGUCUGUUGCUGCAAGAAAAUCACCAGGUUGAUAGGCAGUUGGGGAAGACGUUAACAUCGCAAGAAGUGGUUGAUGAAUGCAAGACCUUCUUCUUCGGAGGCCAUGAAACCACAGCACUUGCCAUCACCUGGACUUUGCUGCUUCUAGCCAUGCAUGAAGAUUGGCAAAACCAGUUGAGAGACGAGAUACGAGACGUGCUGGGGAACACCGAACAACUUGAUAUCUCUAUGCUUGCUGGUUUAAAAAAGAUGAAAUGGGUUAUGAAUGAAGUUCUAAGACUGUACCCUCCAGCACCAAAUGUGCAGAGGCAAGCAAGAGAAGACAUUAAAGUUGAUGACAAAACAGUGCCAAAUGGAACCAACAUGUGGAUAGAUGUGGUGGCCAUGCACCACGACCCUGAAUUAUGGGGAGAGGAUGCAAAUGAGUUCAGGCCAGAGAGGUUCAUGGACGAUGUGAAUGGUGGAUGCAAGCACAAGAUGGGUUAUUUGCCUUUUGGGUUUGGAGGGAGGAUGUGUGUUGGUAGGAAUCUGACCUUUAUGGAGUACAAGAUUGUGUUAACACUCCUUCUCUCUACCUUCUCUUUUAAGAUUUCCCCUGGUUACAAUCAUUCACCAUCCAUCAUGCUUUCCCUACGGCCAAGUCAUGGACUUCCACUCAUAGUUCACCCCCUUUAG